AUGCAAUAUCCUCCUCGUCUCACGUUGUGUAGCACUGGCACAUCAAAUGGUUACACCACUGAGAAAUUGGAUUCAAUUCUAAGUACUCUGAAGCCCAAGUCUCUUCUCACCGUCUCUUCGUCUCUCACCAACGCCACCGUCCCACCGUCGCUGCCUAAAAACCUAAAGUUGAUCAGUUCGUCCAGCCAGGAAACUAGUGAUUGGACUAUUCCACCACUCAUUAGGGAUGGCUUUUCUAUGAUUGGAUCUGCAGUUGGUGGUACGACGAGUGCGUUCUAUGGAUUCAACCAUGUGAUGCCAAUUGUUCGAAGGAGGGUUAAAGGACCUAUGUGGUUGCAUUUCCUCAUUGGUGCUCCACCUGUGAUAGUUUUCUCUUCAGCUUGUGCAGGGUUGGCAGGUGGUGCUGUUCCAGCAGUCGCUCAACUUGCAUCAUCAUCUUAUCAUGCAGUGGUCUCAUCUUCAUCAUUGCCACCUCCAUCCUCUCGGGAUGACAAG